AUGACAAUGGAUGCUCUGCAACUAGCGAACACUGCCUUUGCAGUUGAUAUGUUCAAAAAACUAUGUGAGAAGGACAAAACAGCCAAUAUUAUUUUUUCUCCACUGUGUACCUCAACGUCUCUGGCUCUGGCAUAUAAAGCUACGAAAGGUGAUACUGCAGACCAAAUGAAACAGGUACUCCAUUUAAAAGAUGUCAAAGAUGUUUCUUUUGGGUUUCAAACAAUAACUUCAGAUGUUUCCAAACUCAGCUCUUUCUUUGCACUGAAAAUGGUCAAACGGCUCUUUGUAGACAAGUCUCUUAAUCCUACCACAGACUUUGUCAACUCCACAAAGAGGCCUUUUCCAUCUGAACUGGAAUUAGUGGAGUUCAAAGAAAAAACCGAGGAAACACGGCAGAACAUCAACAAAUCUCUUUCAGAGUUAACUGAUGGCAAAAUGGAGAAUAUUUUGAAUGAGGAUAGUGUAAGUGACCAGACUCAGAUCCUCCUAGUUAAUGCAGCUUAUUUCAUCACGAAUUGGAUGAAGAAGUUUCCAGAGGCAGAGAUCAAAGAAUGUCCUUUUAAAGUCAACAAGACUGAAACUAAACCAGUGCAAAUGAUGAAUCUGGAAGCUACUUUUUGCCUGGGCUAUGUAAAAGAAUUAAAUGUUGCUAUCCUUGAGCUGCCAUGCCUUAACAAACAUAUAAGCAUGCUCAUUAUGCUGCCCAAAGAGAUUGAAGAUGAGACCACUGGCUUGGAGAAGCUGGAAAAGGCACUCACCCCAGAGACAUUAUUACAGUGGACGAAUCCCAGCAUGAUGGCUAACACCAAAGUGAAUGUAUUUCUUCCCAAGUUUAGCGUGGAAGGUGAUUAUGAUCUGAAGCCACUUCUGGAAAGCCUGGGAAUGACAAAUGUCUUCAAUGAGAAUGCAUCAGAUUUCUCUGAGAUGUGUGAGACAAAAGGUGUGGUUAUGUCAAAGAUCAUCCACAAAGUCUCUUUGGAAGUAAAUGAACAAGGUGGCGAGUCACUAGAGGUACCAGGAUAUCGGAUUCUGCAACACAAAGAUGAAUUUAAAGCUGACCAUCCAUUUAUCUUUCUGUUUAGGCACAACAAAACCCGCAAUGUGAUUCUUUCAGGCCGGUUCUGUUCUCCUUAAUCAGGGAAUAUUCAUUAUGAAAGAG